GAUCCACCCCGAUCCACCAGCCAACCGAAGCCGCCUCCUCCUUCCUCAUUUUCCCCAUUGGGCCAACCAGCAUCCCCUUCCACGAUUUCUUUCUCCUGCAUCCCCUCCUCCAUCGUCCCGCGCGGCACCAGCCAGCUCACCGGAGACGAGUACCGCCACCAGGCCGGACACCCACCUCGCGCCCUCUUUUCUUCCCUCUGUCUUCUCCCAUCGCAGCUCUUCCAUGCCUCGGUCCUCGAUCUGGAUCGAGAGGAGCACCGAGCCUCGAGCCCCCUGCGCCGUGUGCCUCCCUCGCCGGAGCUCCUCUCCAGCACGCCGGUGGCCCCGACCAUGCCCGCCCUCCUCUCGUUUGGAUCGAGCAGGAGCUUCCCGAGCGAGAGCGUUAGUUUCAGGCGUCGACCGCAAGCUGCAACUUGCCGGAGCAGCUCCAGGCAGCAACCCCGCGUGCUGUCGAUCCCCUCUGCCACGCGGUGCUCCUUCCCCGAGCUCCUCCUCGUCGUCCCAGCAGCAGCACCGGAGCCACCUCGUGUCUCCUUCCUCCCGUUCCUUCUUCCUUCCUUCGCCUGCAGCCGCGCCAAGAUGCCGCCGUUGCUCUGCUUCCUGACGAGCAGAGGACCGUGCCUGCAACCCCUCCCUCCCUCGCUCCGCAAGCCUCGUUGCGGGUCAAACCGAGUCCAAGUCGUCGUUUACUUCCUCGCCAUGUUCUUCCUCCGCCGCUCAUCGCUGCCACGGCACACCGGCGCCCCGACCUCCUCAUCGCCCGCGCGCCUAUGGGGACCCGCCAAGGCCGCCCUUGGUGCUUCGCAUCACGCCGCCUUCCUUACAUGCCUCCUCUGCUCCGGUCGUCAUCGCCGGAACGCGCCACCACAAAGCCGCAGCCGACCCCCAUGGCGCCCGUCGUCGGCGACCCCGAGCGCGCCUGAGAUGGCCUUCCUCCGCUGGCCUCCUUCGAGCGCGCCCGCUUCCUCCGGCCACCAGAGCCUCUGACCAGCCUCGCCGCGUGGACCUCCUCCCCUACCUGGCAGAUCCGGCCUCCCCUGCCCGGUCGCCGCGCCGUUCGUCUUCGCCUAGCGCCGCCCCACCAUGGCGUCCUCUGCUUCGAGCGGGACAGCGAAAUCUGCUCGAUUGCCUCGACUGCGUUGACGAGUCGCCUCGCCUCGUCCCGAUUUCCACCCUGCGCGAGCCGGCCCAGCAGCUCCCCUGUGCCGCGCCAGCAGGCCCAGUUUCCCCACCGAGCCGGCCCAAGUGCCGUGUUUCGAUAAUGUUGCGUUUGUGAGGAUCCGUUCAACUUCG